GAGGAAGUUUGUGGUACAUUAAUGCUCUUUCUGUAGAGCAAGGGACCCGUGAGUGAGUAUCUCUGUUAGCAUUUAGCAAGGUAUUAGUUACGUCUUCGAGAUAUCAGAAACAGAUAUGUCUCACACAAUUCUGCUGGUGCAGCCCACCAAGAGACCGGAAGGCAGGACAUAUGCAGACUACGAGUCUGUCAACGAAUGCAUGGAAGGAGUGUGCAAGAUGUAUGAAGAACAUCUGAAGAGGAUGAAUCCUAACAGCCCUUCUAUCACAUAUGACAUAAGCCAGUUAUUUGAUUUCGUUGAUGAUCUUGCUGACCUCAGCUGUCUUGUGUACAGGGCAGACACGCAGACCUACCAGCCCUACAACAAAGACUGGAUCAAAGAAAAGAUCUACAUCCUGCUGAGGCGUCAAGCCCAGCAGGCUGGAAAAUAGGGAGUGGGUGGGAGAUGCAAAUGGACUGAGAUAUUUUUGAUGCAAGACAUCAACUUCAUCUGAACUAUGCAACAUCACAGGACUGAAUAGCCAGGCCUAGUGGUAAUGUGCUGCUGCUUAGUUCACAUGUUGUUGCAUGUCUAUUUAGUCAAAUGCAUAAAGUUAAAUGUUACAAUAUUUUCCAUUUAAAAUUUUUGUAACAAACAGAAGGUGGGGACUUGGCAUAUUUAUCAGACAUGAGGCUAAGAUGGGUAAAAUGGGUACAGGAUUUGUUUUUUUUUAGUCCCGCUCAAUUGAUUAUGAUGUGUUUUCUUGUGUUUUGUUUUUUAAAUUGUAGUUUAAUCCAGUAAAGUAUACUGUUUACACA